AUGAUAGCGUCAUUAUAUAAAGUUUUUUUCUUAUGUAAAGCUAUAACAAUACCACCGACAACAUCGACAACCACCACGUCGUCAACGGCGUCAACAACAACAACGAUGACGGCAUCUUCGUCUAAUAAUGGAUCAGCUGGCAAUUGUACGACUGGCUACAGUCGAGCAACGAAUGCUGUUUUGGGAUGUAUAACAACACAAUUUGCUGGAAAAACAUAUCGAAGCACGACAUCGAAUAAUUGUUGUAUUUGGACAGCUGAUACCUAUCAAUGUUAUGGGUUUGACACUGGUUGUAAUGCAAAUGGACAAUUUUCUGCAGCACCAACACUCGCUGGUGGUGGUGGUUGCUACAAUCUACAACAGCGUUACUCUUUACAACUGACAUUUUGUGGCAGUAGCUAGUUAGAUAAACACGUAUUACAAGACUUGAUUCGAAGAAAUUUACUUUGAAAAACAUGUUUUCAUUACAAAUGACUUCUCAAUACCUAUUUUUUGAAUGCAUUAUAAAAAUAAUCAACUAUUAUCCCUUUGCUUAUUUUUCAGUUACACAUACUUAUACUUUCCAUAAUGAAAUAAAAUUAAUUAAGAAUCACAUUUUAUCAAUUUACUUUUCAAGUCUUAUACUUAAGACAUUUUCUUGUUGCUUUAGAGAUGCCAAUUAGCACACAUCGAAUAUCAGGAUUAUUUUUUGAUGAACAAAGGUGUCUGAUUUGUCAUAUUUAUCACUUGGAUUGAUAUCUAGAAUGUUUAUAAUGAACCAUGAGAAUCUACUUAGGUAGGGUGGGUGUGGGUGUGGCUGGGGGUGUGGGUGUGGGUGGGUGUGAGUGUGUUCAUAGAAGAAUUUUCAAGAAACCAAGCAUACUUACGAAGGUGUGGGUGUGGGUCGGUGUGGAGUGUAGGUGUGGGUGUGGGGCGUAGGUGUGGGUGUGGGGGUGUGGGUGUGG